GCGAAAUGGUGUGGUUAGUCAUUCUUGUCACAUUCGUCGUGACGCUGAUCUCAUACGCGGUACGCCAGCGCCAUUGCUAUUGGCUGCGUCGCGGCAUUCCACACGAGAAGCCGAGUUUUCCAAGAGGGAAUUUCUCCGACUGGCCGAAACGCGAACAAUUUUCCACGAUAUUUAAAAAAUACUAUUUGAAGUUCAAGGACAGCGGUAGUCCAUUUGCUGGCUUUUAUUUCUUCUUUACGAAAACUAUAGUGGUCACCGACAUCGAUCUUAUCAAAAAAGUGCUGAUAAAAGACUUUAACAACUUUGAAAAUCGCGGUAUAUUCUACAACGAAAUCGACGAUCCGCUUUCGGCCACCCUGUUCAGCAUAGAGGGACACAAAUGGCGCCAUCUGAGACACAAACUGACGCCCACCUUCACCUCCGGGAAAAUGAAGAACAUGUUUCCCAUUGUCUUGGGCGUGGGGGAAGAAAUGGUGAAAAUUUUUGCUGAGAAAGUUGAUGGCGAUAGCCGGGUACUAGAGGUAACCGAUGUCGUUGGCCGUUACACAGCCGACGUUAUUGGCACCUGUGCCUUCGGUCUGGAUUGCAACAGUCUCCAUAAUCCAAAGGCUGAUUUCGUCACUAUGGGAAAACGUGCAAUUCUGGAUCGUCGGUAUUACGGUCUUUUGGACUUCUUUAUGUUUGGUUUUCCGAAAUUGGCGCGCCGAUGUCAUCUUAAGCUCAAUGUGCAAGAGGUUGAGGACUUUUAUCUCGGAAUUGUAAAGGACACCAUUGAUUAUCGCUUAAAGAAUCAAGUGAAGAGACACGAUUUCAUGGACAUGUUAAUCGAAAUGUAUCAGAAACAUCAGAAUGGAAAUGAGGAGGAGGGCCUUAGCUUUGAAGAAUUGGCUGCACAAGCUUUCAUUUUCUUCGUCGCUGGCUUCGAGACCUCAUCCACAACCAUGGGAUUUGCUUUGUACGAACUCGCCCAGCACCAGGAAAUACAGAACAAAGUUAGAGAGGAAGUCGCACAAGUAUUGGCUAAGAAUAAUAGCGACUUUUCCUAUGAGGCCAUGAAGCAGAUGCAGUAUUUGGAGCAAGUUGUCAUGGAGACGCUGCGUAAAUAUCCAGUAUUGGGUCACCUCUCGCGUGUUUCAAACGCCGACUAUUUACUGGACGAUCCCAAGCAUUACAUUCAGAAGGGAACCGUGGUGGUUAUAUCAGCUUUAGGCGUUCAUUACGAUCCAGACAUUUACCCUGACCCAGAGAAAUUUCAGCCCGAGCGAUUUACAGAGGAAAACAUAGCUUCCCGGCCCCCCUGUACUUGGUUACCUUUCGGGGACGGCCCUCGAAACUGCAUAGGCUCGCGUUUUGGACUGAUGCAGACCUGCAUUGGACUCGCCAGUUUGCUCAAAAACUACAAAUUCAGCACGACCCCAGAGACCCAAAUCCCACUAAAGUUGGUCAAUAAAAAUAUAUUACUAUCAGCUGAGAAUGGCAUACACCUUAAAGUUGAAAAGAUACGUUCAAAGCUUCUUAGGCUGUGUGUACGAGUUCUAUCAAAAAUGGGCGUUGGGGGUUUGCUUCUCACAGCGCUGGUGGCCCUACUUGGGUAUCUGUUCCUAAGACUACGACGCAAUGCGCAAUAUUGGCAAAACUUGGGUAUAGCUUGUGAAGAGCCACACCUACUAAUGGGCAGCUUGGCUGGCGUGCGUUCCAAGCGCUCAUUCAUGGAAAUUUGGACGCACUACUACAAUAAGUUCAGGGGCACCGGACCAUUUGCCGGCUUCUAUUGGUUUCAACGUCCGGCUGCCUUCAUCUUGGAGCCUUUUCUAGCCAAGCAUAUACUCGUCAAAGACUUCAAUAAGUUCACGGAUCGUGGAUUUUUCCACAAUGAGGAAGAUGAUCCAUUGACGGGGCAGCUCUUCUUGUUGGAUGGCCACAAGUGGAAGUCCAUGCGCAACAAGUUGUCUUCUACCUUCACCUCGGGAAAAAUGAAAUACAUGUUCCCAACGGUUGUGAAGGUUGGUUACGAGUUUGUAGAAGUGUUCGGUGAUAUGGUAAGAAAGCAAUCAGAAAUUGAGGUGAAGGAGCUGUUGGCACGUUACACCACCGAUGUAAUAGGAACUUGUGCCUUUGGAAUUGAGUGCAGCAGUCUGAAGGAUCCCGAGGCCGAGUUUCGACUGAUGGGUCGUCGUGUGUUUACGGACGUGCGACACGGUGUCCUAGGCCUUACAUUUAUUAAUAGUUUCCCGAAGCUGGCACGUCGCCUGCACAUGAAAAGUACACCGCAACAUAUUGAAGAUUUCUUCCUGCGAAUAGUCCGCGAAACUGUGACCUUUAGAGAGCAAAAUAACAUAAAACGAAACGACUUUAUGGAUCAGCUAAUUGAAUUGAAAAACAAUCGUAUGCUCAAGUCUGAGACGGGGGAAAGCAUGAACCUGACACUGGAGGAGGUAGCCGCACAAGCUUUUGUGUUUUUCGCGGCGGGCUUUGAAACCUCAUCGACCGCAAUGGGAUUUGCUUUAUACGAACUGGCCCAGAAUGCCAACAUUCAGCAAAGGGCACGCGACGAAAUAAACGAAGUACUGGAAAAACAUAAUGACGAGUUGAACUACGAGUGUAUGAAAGAGCUCACAUACUUGGAUCAGAUCAUAUCAGAGACCCUCCGCUUAUACACUGUUCUGCCAGUGCUAAAUCGGGAGUGUCUGGAGGACUAUGUGGUGCCUGGCUAUCCAAAGUAUGUCAUCAAGGCCGGCAUGCCAGUUUUAAUUCCUGCUGGGGCGAUGCAUCGUGACGAGAAGCUGUAUCCCGAUCCAGACACGUUCAAUCCGGAUAACUUUGAUCCGGACCGAGUCAAAGAGCGAGACUCAGUGGAGUGGUUGCCAUUUGGAGACGGCCCACGUAAUUGCAUUGGAAUGCGUUUUGGCCAAAUGCAGGCACGCAUUGGACUUGCCCUACUCCUCAAAAAUUUCAGAUUUUCAGUUUGCGAACGUACACCCAUUCCUAUGACAUAUAACUUAGAGAGCUUUCUGAUCGCUAGCGAAAAAGGAAUCUAUUUGCGAGUAGAGCAGAUCUAA